AUGUCUCACACUGCAGUCCAGGGUAGUAUUGGGAGUCACUCUGCAAUGGGAAUGAGCAGCCACAGAGUAACGGUGGGCAAAUAUGUCAAUUGUUGUUUUUUGCCAUGUCAGAUGUAUCUGUUUGAGUUUGAGAAUUUCCAAGGCCGGAGGAUGGAGCUCAGUGGAGAGUGUCGUAACCUCUGUGAAAAGGGCUUCGAUCGCAUCGGAUCCAUCAGAGUGGAGUGUGGGCCUUGGGUGGGUUACGAGCUACAGAACAUGACUGGGGAGAUGUUCAUUCUGGAGAAGGGAGAGUACCCUCGGUGGGACUGCUGGUCUAACAGCCACAGGUGUGACCGUCUCAUGUCCGUCAGGCCAGUCCGCAUGGACCCACAGGAUCAUAAAAUCUGCCUGUUUGAGUGUAUGAAUUUUGAGGGUCGUAAAAUGGAGGUGUGUGAUGAGGAUAUCCCCAGUCUUUGGUCUUAUGGCUUCCAGGACAGAGUAGCCAGCAUCCAAGUCGGUGGAGGAACGUGGGUGGGGUAUCAGUACCCUGGUUACCGUGGCUACCAGUACAUACUGGAAUUUGGCUCCUUUAAGCACUGGAACGAGUGGGGAGCCCACCAUCCCCAGAUGCAGUCGAUACGCAGAGUGAGGGACAUGCAGACACAUCGCAGAGGGUGCUUUGAGUUGUAUGCGUAA